AGAAAAGCCGUGCGUGCGUGCGUGCGUGUAUUGUGUUGCUGGGGAACGAGCGAGAACCCGUCUCAGGAUGAUUCCUGAUCCCUUCUCGGUCGAUUUCAAUGUGUCCUUCGCUCGGUUCGGGUCAGUUUCCGUGUUGUGAAAGGGCUGUGUGCCGUUUGGCGCAGGAUUGUCGCCGUGCCCGCAAGUUAGUUUCGUUCGUUUCCGGAUAGUGACACGGCCUUGCGAAGAAGGAUUGCACAAGCAGCAAGGCUCGAGGGGUGUCACGGGGCGCAGGUGCGACGCAACCCACGGGGCUCGAUAAGUUCAUUCAUCAACCACAACACAGCAGCGGAUUAGAAGGUUUCUAUGAUGGCAGGCGACGGUACGCCUGCUCGGAUUAAACAGGAACUGAUUGAAACGUCGUGCUGCAGUCCGUCUCCUUCGUCCGCCGGCAGCCUGACACAGACAAACCUGGUGUAUGGCAAUUCACCCACCAGCAAGAUGGAUUUCAAAUGUAGCAGCAAUAACAACAGCGACACCCAUCUGACGGAGCUACACGGCGGAAGUCACAGCGGCAGCGCCAAUGGCAAACCACAGUCACCCGGUUCGCCCGAUCGACAGUUCUGCAGCUCCACUACCUCGGCCAUCGGUGACUUUGGAAGCGACGGCACCAACCACGAUGCGAUCAAGGAGGAGAUACCGCGAAGACUGUGCCUGGUGUGCGGUGACACUGCGAGCGGCUUUCACUACGGGGUGGCCAGCUGUGAGGCGUGCAAGGCAUUUUUCAAACGCACCAUCCAAGGAAACAUUGAGUACACGUGCCCGGCGAGCAACGACUGUGAGAUCAACAAGCGGCGGCGGAAAGCGUGCCAGGCCUGCCGCUUCCGGAAGUGUCUGCUAAUGGGCAUGCUGAAGGAGGGCGUCAGGUUGGAUCGGGUACGCGGCGGGCGGCAGAAGUACCGCCGCAAUCCGUGCGCAAAUCCGUACCAGCUGCAGCUGAUCCAAUCCAACCCUCAGUAUACGCCCCAGUCGCUGGAGGACAUUAAGAUACUGGAAGUAUUAUCCUCGUUCGAGCCGGAUCCCCUGUCGAUCGGGCACGGUGCGGAUCUGAUGAACGUCGGUGACACGGAUGGCACGUCCGGUGGCGGUGGCGGUGGUGGUGGGGGUGGUCCAGCACAAUCGUCCACCUCGUCGCUUUCGUCUUCGGCAUCGUCCUCGUCGUCUUCGUCGUCGGCGAGCAGCAGCUCGUCAUCGGUCGGUAUUGCGGCCGAUUCCGGACUCGAUCGGAUGGCGAUGGGUGUGGAUGCGCAGGAAAUUCUAAGCGUGCUGAGUGAUAUUUACGACAAGGAGCUGGUCGGAGUGAUCGGUUGGGCCAAACAGAUACCCGGUUUUACCGACCUGCCGCUCAACGAUCAGAUGCGACUGCUGCAGGUGAGCUGGGCCGAGCUGCUCACGCUGAUGCUGGCCUACCGUUCGAUCCCGUUCGAUGGUCGCCUAUACUUUGCAACCGACUUUUGGCUCGACGAACGAUCCGCCAAGGAGUGCGGUGCACUUGAUCUCUACAACCAUCUCGCACAAAUCACCCAACGAUUGGAGAAGAUCUCGGCCACCAAGGAGGAAUACUACCUGCUGAAGGCCCUCUCCCUCUCGAAUUGUGAUAUCCGACUCGACAACUACAGUGCGCUCAAGAAGAUUCGCGACUCCAUUCUGUACGCGCUCAACGAUUGUGUUCUGUUAAUAAGGCAACAUCAGGCCGUCUCGCACCAGCAGCAGCUGUUGCUGUUACUUCCAUCCCUGCGCCAGGCGGACUACAUCAUCCGCAAGUUCUGGACGAAUGUGCAUAUCGAGGGCAACGUGACGAUGAACAAGCUGUUUGUCGAGAUGCUGGAGUCGGUCUCGCGAUAAGGCAGUGAAGGGCGGAUCAUCGUUCGAACCCGGCGACACUGGCCGGCAAACGGAGCGUUCGGUUCAAGUUUGCUUUUGCGAAGACACCCGUUUUCUACAACAAUAUUUCGAAUCAGAUCCCACACUCGAGGCGUUGUGUGCGGUCCUGUUGCGAACCGAAGUGGACGAAGAAGCGUGGUAAUGUGUGUUGCAUUAUUAGCGUAGUCGGUAUGGCAUAAUGUUUUCGUUUGUUUCGUGGAAUGGUUACCGAAGUUAUAUUCGAAUUGUUUACAUAGUUCAUAAGGGUAUCCUAGUUCUUUCUAGCCUUUCCAGCCUUUGUCCGUGUCGCGUGACAUUAAUGCCCGUUGAUUGGACGCUUUGUCUGCGUUCCAACGCGCUUGGUUAAUGAGUUCUGUAUCUUUUAAAGGUGGUUUACUUGAGCACCCUUUUUCAAGCUUCGUUCUUUGUUAGUGUUUUGAAAAAGUUACCAUUUACGCUCCUCGACGUCACUGCUUCCUUCCAGGGGAAGGUGCACGAGCAGUCCGCAACUGUUGUGGAAUCAAGCAUCGUGUUGUAGAUGUCCAAGAAAAGUACAAUUAAAAUGGACCUCCAGUUAUGGCAGAUGAGUUACUGCUUAGUAGAAAUAGCGAACAGUAUAAUUUGUUUUACUCUGCCGACAGCAUCAGGAUGAGGCCCUUAUGGCACAACUGAGGUCAUGGUACGACUUUCGGAAUCGUAUCGACGAAAGUGCGCUGGAAGCGUUUCGUAUUGUUUAGAAUGUGUUGCACGCAUUACCUUAUUUUACGUUUUCCUGGAGUUUGUUUUGCAUUCGAUUAUGCAGUACUCCUCUUCUAUUACGCGCCGCAUGGGACCGUCGGAAAUUGUGUAAGAAAAAUGCAAUAUAUAUAUACAUAUAUAUAUAUAUACAAAUGGAUGCAAUAGUAUGUAAGUGCUCUAGUAAUUUAUGGCAAGAAAAUGAAGCGGAGAGGUGCAAUUAGAAUCGUCCGUUUCGCUGUGGGUCCACGCUCCGGAGACGUUCCGGUUUUGAAUGUAGACGUGCUGUGGUUGUUUUAAUGCUUAGUUUUACAUUGCAUCUUUAUCAAGACUAGAAGUGAGUUAGAAAGUAUUGGCAUGCAAAAUAAGUGGCGCACCCGAUUUCAUGAUCGGGUGGCAACGGAAAGAACACUCAAACCCGAACUUUAGUGAGAGUUUAUCGGCAGGCAGACAGGAGUGGUUAACAAAUCGUGCUGCUAACACAAACUUGCUGAAUCUCGUUCAAAAACAAAUUACAACACUGGAAAGGGAACGUCGGCCGUAGCCAUAUUUUCCGAACUCUAACCAACUGCCCUAUGGCUCUUUAGUGGAAGUAGUUCGAGACGAAGAAGAAGAGGCACAAACUUGAUAAAUCUUUGAUUGAUAGGCAUGCAGCCGUUAGAUGUAUAGGUUGACCAACACAACCCAUUAUGUUUAUGGACAGCGCUAACUGCAUCUUGUAGUACGCAAUGAUUGAUCAGGCGAUCCUUCUUCGGGACUAUACUUUCGUUUGUCCCUAUAUUAGAGUAUAUGGCGCAGUUUAGUACUAUGCAGGUUCAUACAAAAUGAACAUUGAAACUACGGCCGAAACUUGUAAUAAAUCUUGUACUCAUCACAUACACACACGCGCAGAAGAACCAGCAACGAGCUGACGGGGUCACUUUGAACCGAAGGGUCUCGACAGAUUCGAGCUCUAGUUCGAGGCGUAGCGGAGCGAACUGAAAAGUACAUCGUUUCCCUAUCGAUUAUUUCAUUUUGCAUGUCUCAGUGAUAAGUAAAUGGGAGUAAGAAACCCUUCUUAUAUGAACCCCCUACCGGGGCAAAAGGGGUGAACCGAGGGUGCGUUUUUCUGACGCGAACAUGACCCCACAUAGAGAAGCACCACAAAGACAACCGCGAAAUUAUAUAACAAAGCAAAACAAAACAUAGCCCCGUAAGGAACGCGUUGCCAGUGAGUAAGUUAUAGCGAUUAAGGUACAACACCGCAAGUGAACAAUGUGCAAAAUGUGCGAAAUGGUUAAGGUUAAAGGGGGGAGAUCGUUAAAAUAUAGAAACAUAUGUUUGCGCUCCCCCAAAAGGGAAGGGCACUCAAUGGGGCACCCUAGGCGAAGCCGAGCAUUGCGCGGAACCAGAGUGGGCACUAAGCUUACUGCAGAAUGCGUACCGUGUUCUGCAGCUCACCGGUUGUGGACGACGUGUUGGGAACCGAAUUUCGUUACGAGAACGAUGAGAGCGAUUCAGAUGGAUUUCAGUAGCAAGCAGCAAUCGUGGAAUUCGGAAGUGACCGAGAGCGUGUGUUGGGAGCCACGAUUAGUAUGAUAAUUGAUAACGAUGGUGAGUUAGUCUCAGGGAAUGUUACGAUGUGCGCUUGAAGGAGAGAAGUUAGGCAUUAAGAGCGUAUGCGAUUGUUGAUUGUUUCUGCGUGGGGCGUAGCGCGACAGAUUAUAAACUGGCAAUGAAUAGAGAAAGUAAGGAAUAAAGGACUAUGAAGGGGAUUACCGGUUGGAAUGGAAGAAUAAAAUUAUAUCUAGCACUAUUGCUAAU